AUGAACCACAGCAACGAAGAAACUGUGAAGAAAACCAGUGUGGUGGACCUCAAUAAACUUUUAAAUGACUUCUCAGAGAUAGAAAAGAAAAUGUCAGAAAUUAAUGAAGGAAAUAACCUACUGAUUCAUCAGCUAGAAAAAUUUAACAGGCUGUUAAUAUUAAGCCAGUCAAGGGAGGAAUCAGUGAAAGAAAAGUGUACUACUCAACAGAAUGUGAUAAACGGUCUAACACAAACCCUUGAAAACCAGUGUAAUGUAAAAGAUGAAAAUGAUAGACUGAAGGGUAUCAUCCACGACCUGGAAGAGAAAUUAAAGUCUUGUGAAGAGGAAUAUAAAAAUCACAUUGAGAGACUUAUGACAGAAAUUAAAAACAAAGAGGAAGACCACCAACUAGAAAUAAGACAGCUGAACUGUGAUAUAAGAAAAAAAUUUGAAGUAAAAGAAAUGGAGUAUAGAGAACAAAGGGAGAAAAAAGAACUGGAAAUAUUAGAGCUAACCAGACAGCUGAAAAUUCAAGAUGAAGAGAAGCAGAAUGAAAUAAUUAAACUGCAGAUUGAGUUCAAUGCUAAGUUAGCAAGAGCUCAGAAUAAAACCAGCAAGUCAUUUUCAGAAGCUUCUCUCCUGCCACAAAGUAUCUAUCGAAGGAAGCUGCAGCAUCUCCAGGAGGAGAAAAACAAGGAAAUUGAAAUCCUCCGAAGCACCAUAAGAGACCUGGAGCAACGUCUUAAUAAAGGCCAAGAGUCGCACGUCAAACGGAGGCGAUUUUGA